AUGUCCCAGCCAAAUCCGAAUGAAAGCAUUCAAAUCGAUACCAGCGAUGACGACUCCCUCGUCGAUACCAAGACCCUCAUUGAUUCAAACUUGUCCUUCGCCUCCUCCGUCCGUGACUACUGCUACGAGAACGGCCGUCGAUAUCACGCCUACCGCCAUGGCCAAUAUCCCUUCCCCAACGACGAGGAAGAGCAGGCUCGACUGGCCCUGAUGCACCACCUCUUCAAGAUGCUCUCCGGCGGUGACCUGUUCCGCGCCCCCUUCACUCGCAACACUUUGACGCAAUCACCACAAAUCCCCUCUCGCAUCCUCGACAUUGGAACCGGCACCGCCGAAUGGGCCACCGAAAUGGCCGAGGACUUCCCCACGACCACCAUCCUCGGCACCGAUCUCUCCCCCAUUCAACCGGCCUGGGCCCCGCCCAAUUGUCGCUUCUUUAUCGACGACGCCGAGUCCGACUGGACCUUUUCCCCCUCCGAGGCCUUUGACUAUAUUCAUGUGCGCAGUCUGGGCGGAGGGAUCGCCGACUGGCCACGCUUACUCCGACAGGCGUAUACGCAUCUCAAACCGGGUGGGUGGUUUGAAGCGCAGGAAUUCGAGACCUUCGUCCUGAGCGAUGAUGGGACGCAUGCGCGCGCCACCCGGGUCCUGAAUUGGCAAGACCAAUUGAACCAUGCGAGCAAUAAAUUUGGAAAGCCCAUGAAUGUGGCGCCUAGACUGUCUGGAUGGCUGGAGGAUGCAGGCUUUGUCAACGUGGCGGAUGAUAUUUACAAGUGUCCCGUCGGCGGCUGGGCCAAGAAUCGUCGAUUGAAAGAAAUCGGUCGCGUGGGUAAAGUCACCAUCCUCGAAGUGGUCGAGCCCUAUACCCUCGCCCUCUUCACUCGAGUCUUGGGUUUCUCCUACCAGGAUGCUCUGGAAUACAUGGAGAAGGUGCGGGCAGAACUGAUGAGCAACAAAUUCCACCUCUAUGUGCUCUUUCAUUUCGUCUACGGGCAAAAGCCACUCGAUGCCCACAAUCCACCAUCAUGA